CUUACGAUCUUUGAAGGAGUCAUCAUUUCAGCCAAAGCCAUGGCCAAAGCCAUGCUGCGCCUGUUUGGGCGACCCACGAGCUCCAACACUCAGAAGGUGCUUUGGACACUUGCUGAGCUGUCAUCAAGGACGUCGUUCGAGCUGGUGCUGGCCAGUGCUCGGCUGGGCCCAGACUCCGAUCUACUUUGCGAGGGCACUGGUGCGAAGCCCUACGGCGUCGUGGAUUCCGAUGAAUACGUCGAGCUGUGCCCAACCCGUUUGGUGCCUUGUUUAGUGGAUGGUUCCUUGUCUGUCUGGGAAUCUCACUCCAUCGUGCGCUACUUAGCACAGAAGUAUGGGCCCGACCUCCACUUGGGCUCAAUUGAGGGGAUGGCACAAUGCUCACCCUGGAUGGAUUGGUUGCUCUUCCAGAACUUCCAUGAAUGCAAUCAUGACUUCAUCGACCAGAUUGCUCGCACUCCCCCGCCCGAGAGAAAGCUCGAGCUGAUGGCCAGGAGCUACGAAGGCUAUGUCAAACGCCUACAGAAGGUGGAAGAACAAGUCGCUCGGACUGGUGCCUUCAUCACCGGCUCCAGCUUCUCCAUCGCUGACAUCGUCAUUGGGGCUGAGAUUUCUCGCUUCAGCUGCGGCAUGCAUCGUUGGGCAAUGGGGCCUCAAGAGCUUCCGAGUCUUGUCGAGCUACCACACCUUUGCAAAUACUUCAGGUGGUGUGGGGGAUGCGGCUCAGGAGGCUGAUGGCGAUCCAGGCUUUUUGGAUGGUCAUGUCUUGGCACGGGACGUUCACUUUCAGAAAUACCUCGCUGUGAAAGGAUUCGGUAGCAACGUCACUAUCUGGUUUGGACAUGUUUGGACGCCGUGAGGAACAAACGUUGCGCCUCUCAAGUGCAACCAAGUCAAGAGUCACCUCCUUUUUCCCUUUGAAAUUGUACUGCUGGCUGCGAUGCUUUCCACCUCAGGCGAAGCUUAAUGCAGACUCUUGAUCAAUGCUUUACAAUUUACAAUCCAAAUAGGGUGGCUUUGUAAGUCAGAAGUCAACAUUACAGUCCUGUUCUGGUUGCGCAGAAUGUUAUACUUUGGGGCGUGGACCUGGAAGCACAAGCUGAGCUUUCACCCCAGCCUCCCCAACAUGCAUUGCAGCUUUCUUCGUGGCAGGAGACUUCAAGAGAGGCAGCUUGGCUUGUUUUCACUGAUUAAGUCUUGUGGACUUGGUGAAGGAAUUGGGUACCCAGCCCCAACCCCCGCCAGUGGUCGGCCAUUUGGCCACUGGUGUUGGGCAAGACGAGCGUGAAGGCGAAGGACGAGGGGCUGAGACCGGUUUGGGCGUCCGUUGGCCGGCGAAGCAGUUUGGGUCGAGUGUUGGCUUUGGAUGGCUGGAAUGGUUGGUUCAUGAGCUUAGAAGGAGAACCGUCCUGGACAUCUUGGAAGGAGUCAGCCCAGUACAACCAUUUCAAGCUGGAGCCUCCAAGGAAAGCUUUCCAUGAAGGCUGCUUGCAGCAUGAGAGACAACAUCAGAAGCUGGAGCCCCUGGCCACUGGAGAGAUGCAAGAGCUGCUCCCCAAGUGAGGAGAGAACAAGUAGCAGCCGAAGCGUGGCCGGAGACCUGUGGCUUUGUCGACAUGGGAAGUCUCCCCAAGAAUUUGUAUUUCCCUUUUGCGAGGGGCCUUUCGAGCCUCUGACAGAUAUUGUCCCUCGGGUAGGAUGUAGGAUUUAGGAACCUGUUGGGAUGCUCCAGAAAUGGGAGGCCCUUUAAUUGAUUUGCACCAGACCUGACCUGCUCCAUGAUACGAGCUAGUCAUGUUGCACGUUUAACGUCAGCAGCCUCAGCCAAGCAGCUUGAGACUUUAAAAAGUCCGCAUUCUAUGCGUGCGCACAAAGCCCGCAACUGGUGC